AUGUCGCCCAUGAAAUCACUUCACUUCCUCGCGGGUCUUCCGCGCUCCCGUCGGUCCGCCACAAGCGCCGAUACUUCAUCAAAAUUCGUGCACAUGGAUUCGCGCAUGAUGAGCAACCACCGCUCACGGAGACAUCAACGAAAUUCAAAGAUGGUCAGCCAAAAUAAGAGGAGACUGCGCAGGAAUGAUAAGAGGCUGCGCAGGAUGGAGUGGGAGGACGAGAGGAGGAAAGAGCCAGAGAGGAUGGAACUUGCUCGGCAGGCCAAGAAGGACACAGAGAUCAAGAUGCUGGCAAGAAACGAGCGCGACCGUGUCGACCGCGAGCUCUGGUACAACUCGGAUACAGAUGCCUUGUCGCACACGGCAAGACUCCUGCAACGACUUCCUCAAGAGCUCUUCGACGCCAUCUAUGAGCAUGUUGUAUCUGGAGUUUCGGAAUCGAGCAUCAUUAAGGUCGAGAAGCAUCAAUACAAGCCGCCCAUGAUGCUACAGAUCACGAAGCCGUUGCGCCAGAAGUUCAUGAAGACGUACUACGGGACCAACAUCUUCUCCUUUACUGAUCCUGAAGUCUGCAGCGAGUGGCUUGAAACGCUCGCGCAGGACUGCAUCAACAACACCAACAUGGCCACCGCUCGGAAGCCAAAGAUCGAAUCGGCAGAAUCACGCAAGUGGAGCACAAUCGGCGAAGGAACGCUUGAGGAGAAGCCGUCGGAACCCGUGACAUACCAGCUGGUGGAACCCAUCCAAGCACUUCCCCAAGAGCUCUACGACAUCGUCCGCGACUGCACCGUGGAUGAGUACAUCCCUUUCCGGACCAAAAUCAAGAUCGACAAGGCGUACAAGCCACCAAUGCUGCUCGGACUUACGGAGAGGACACGGUACCUGCUUUCUCCAAAGUACUACGUCACCAACGUCUUCUCGUUCACAGACCUCGAGAUCGGCCACAAGUGGCUCGCCGCUCUUGCACCAAAAUACAGCUCAAGAAUCAGACAGAUCUGUUACGACACUCGCUCCACGGAUCACAAGCAUCGUUCGGCGUCGAGCAUGCAGUUGUACAGCGCGAUCAAUACGACUUUCAUGGACACUUUCUGCAAUCUGAACGAUGGUCUCGUCAUCUGGACGCCGCUGCAAGAGCACAAAGGUCAAUCAGACGACACCUGGUUUAGGAUUCAAGGUUCGGUCGGAACGUACAGUAUUCCUGAUACGGUGGUUUCCGAAUGA